CGAACGUGGAGGGUCGCAGCACCAUCGCCGACGCCGGCACGACCGACAGGAUGAACGCCGCCGUGAUCGUGAUCGACGACGGGAUCGCUCGUCUUCGCGUUCCAGUGGGAGCUCGCCGAGGGAUGCUUCUGCCCCACCUCCACGCCACCACCAUCAAGGCGCUGCUGGCUCUACUGGUGGCCACCAUGGCCCUGGCGCUGCUCAUCCACUGGCUGGCAUUCCCCAUGACGAACGGGCACGACUCGCUGCAGCCGCUAAUCUCGCACCCUCCGCUCACCACGGUCGAGAGCAUCGAGGCCGCGGUCACGGCGGCCUUCCAGCUGCAGCUCGGGGGGAUGCGCACCGAGGUCAACACUAUCAUGGGCACGGCGCGCUCCAACAUGAGGGACACGGUGCUGGAGCUCAUGCGCCCCCAGGCGGCUCGGUUGGACGGCCAUGACCACGACAUCAGGCGGCUCCACGACAAGACCGACACCAUGGCCCAGGACCAGAAGGUGCUCCGCGACGACCUCGACGCCGUGCAGCGGAGCCUUGCCCAGGCCCAACCUGCUCAAGACACGGCCAUGGACCUGGCCAGGCUCGCCACCUACGACCGCCCCACCGACCCGAGCGUCUUCCGCAUCGGCUGCUCUCAGCCCACCGCCUUCAGCGAGAUCGAGGUGGCCAUCGCUGAUUGGGUCAAGGACGCGGGCCUGGAGUCCUGUCAAUGUGCUCUUCAUGGUGAUUCCCCUGGCACGCUCUUCCAUCUUCAUCUCCCAGGUGGCCCUGCUGGCGUCGCCCCAGCCGUUCGUCUCGUGCAACACCUUCAACGUCCAGGCGGCAGUCGGCGACGCUUCACGGCCAAGAGUGUCACGGGAGCACAGGAGGCCUUGUACGUCAACCCUGACAAGAGCCCGAAGCAGGUGCGGCGCGAAGUUCAGGGGAAACGUCUUCUCGGCAUCUUGCAGCGCACCUACCAGGACAAGGACUGGAAGCUCUUCAGGUCAGGGGGCACCAUCAGCAUCAACGCGACGCCCAUCGCGGAGAUCCCGCCUCAGGGAGUGGACGAGCCGACUCGAUUGGCAUGGUCCCCGCAGGUGGUGGCAGAGCACAACAUUAAUUUCCAGGGCGCCAGCACGCAGUUCAAGCAAGAGCUACAGAGCGUGCCCUGGGAGAUCAACGGUGGAGAUCGGCGUGGUCUACGCGCUGUUUCGUGGAACGCUCGCGGACUCUGCUGCUGGAGCCACAAGCUGCGACAUCAGAAGCUCAACAAGAUCAAGCACCUCCUCCAACAGCGACACCUGAUUCUGGUUCAAGAAGUACACGGCAACGAGGUGACGCUCACCACGUUGCUGGACCGGCUGCCCGUGCACUACCGCGCCUUCUACAGCGGCUUCCCCACCGAGCAUGCUGCGCCGCGCCCGCAGGUCCCUGCUGCUCCUGCGCUGGCUGACGGCGAGCCUGCCUCGGCUGAAGUUGAUCACCGCACUGGUGGAGUUGCGAUCAUCGCGCCGUGGCGUGCCCCUUCUCAUGCGCGACAGCUCCCUGCCCACCUUCAGCCACAGUUCUCGCGCACUGUUCUCGUCCCUGGACGGAUUCACAUGCUCGGGGUCACCAGCAGCGACGGCCACGCGAUCAGGGUCACCAACCACCACAACUACGGCAUCGACUUGACUGCUCGGGCG